AUGACACCCAGCUCUGAUGAUGUCCAUCAUAUGAUGGACGAUAGCUCAGCACAUUUUCCCCCGACACGAGGGAUAAAGUCUCGUGGACUGCGUCAACAUGAAUAUCGUAUAAAAUCCAAACGGCUGCAGUACAACGAGCUUCAUCCGUCCUUAUCUGGUGAGAUCGACCAACGAAUCUCUUCUUCAUGCACUUUCAAUCGAAAUGAAGGUCCCCCUAACAUUGUCUAA